CAAUCAAUCAAUCAGCGCCCCCGGCCCCCUCGGUGCCGGCCGGGCCAUGGGGGUGACGGUGGACGUGCGGCAGGUUUACCGUUACCCCUUCGACCAGGUGGUCUCCAGCUUCCUCCGCAAGUAUCCCAACCCUAUGGAUAAGAAUGUUAUCGCUGUCAAAACCGUGGAAGAAAAAACAGAUGGCUCAACCGGCAUCAUCUACAGAAAGAGGAUAGCAAUCUGUAAGAAUGUGGUUCCGGAAAUUUUGCGAAAGGUGAGCAUCUUAAAGGUGCCAGAUAUUCAGCUGGAAGAAGAAUCGUGGCUCAAUAUGCAGGAGAGAAAUAUGGCUAUUAGAAGCCAGUGCUUGACUUGGACACAGUAUGCAUCAAUGAACGAAGAAUCAGUCUUCAAGGAAAGUUUGGAAAAUCCAAACUGGACAGAGUUUAUCCAGAGAGGCAAGAUAUCAAUCACCGGAGCGGGGUUUCUCAACUGCAUUUUAGAAACAUUUGCCAGCACAUUUCUCAAGAAGGGGGCCCAGAAGGGUAUUAGAAUAAUGGAAGCCCUCCUUCAGGAGCAGUGUGGAGCCCCCCUCACCAAAUAAGGAAUCAUUGGGAGAGAUGGCUUAGCAGAGACAGGGUUUAAAGUACAGUGGAUCUUUGCAUGACACAUUUGCCCCAGAAAGAAGCCAAGUUUACCGACUGCUCCAGCGAUUGAGAUGUAAGACACAGUGUCGAGACGAGAACUUACUGCAGAUAUUUUUAAGCGAGGGAUUCUCUGAGAACCAGGUCAUCUGCGUUCACCAAAGAGCUCGUGGAAUCACGGAGACGAGGCCUCCGGGAGUUUUUACCAGCGACCCUGUUUUUACUGUUUUACAAACAAAACCCGAUUCUCUAUCUUCUCCGCCAGAGCACAGUGCCCUGGUGAUCCUGCUCAUUUCUCCCGAGUUACGCCACGGAAACAUCAAGAGAAGUUUCAGAAUUAUAUUGCUUUCAAGGCAGGGGAUUGAGUGGAUUAGUAAAACCAAGUUAUCCCCUUGCUCAUGGAAGGAACUGAAAAUUCCAGAUCUCAUCAAAACAGAAGAUGGGACUGUGUGGUUACCUUAGGACCCCAACCAUGUUGGGAUUUUUUUUCGGGUGGGUAGAGGGGAACAAAUCAGAAAAUGGGAUAUAAUUUGACUUCCUGCCUAUAACCGUUAAAUCAGACUCAUUCAGCAGCUGUUCAGGAUUUCUGCCAUUUACAUUUUAAUGUUCUGCCUGUAUCCACAGAUUGACUUUUUCAGGACCGAACCACUGCAUCGUUUAGUUAUAUAAACACUGCAUUGUAAUCCCAUGGAAAAAUAAAUCCAGCCAAGAAAUAAAUAAAACUGGAGUAAAUUCCCAACCGAACAUUUGGAAGAAAAAGGUAACAACUUGGAAUUCCUCUUCAAGGGACAGCAGAAUUGGACUAGCAGUGAAAAUUCUCCUUGAUUGUCCCUUAUAUUUAAUAUUCGAGCAUUUGUUUCAACUAAAGAACGCGAUGAAUUUAAAAGCACCUGCUGAAUCUUGCGCUGCAGGUUUGCCACUGUGAACCUCUAUUCAAUGUGUAUGGGUCCCUUGAUUUUUGUUUCUUAGCACAGCUAGGAAAUGAAGAGAAAUUAUUCCAAGUCUUCUGGUGGGGCCAAAAAAAUGAUAGUCCACAAUGAUCAAAACCAGGGUUUGUUUAGAGGGUUUUGUUUCUGCAGUGUAGUACGGGGGCUUUUGGAAUAAUAGGCUGUUAUCGACAUAACGUGUAAACGUGUAUGGAUAUGAAAAGAAAAUUCAAACAGGCACUUGCCAGCUACUCCUCCCCCAGCCAGAGAACCUUAUUUUGGUUAAGCAGCUGUCUCCAAAGAGUUUGAGAGAAUUUUCAAAGUAUGCCUUCCAGACUCAUGUAUGCCAAGGGGUGAGGACUGGCUAGUGGGCUUUCAAGGGUUAGAGAUGCUGUAAACGCCAUCCACUGAACGCCCUCCUGCUCACAUCCACCCCUCAAUCCCCUCACACCCAAUACCUUGUGGUUUGCUGUCCUUGGUUCUACCCAGCGUGCCUGGAAUCGUGGAAGACCGGUGCUUCCCACCCUUCCUUCCAUUCUGGGAAAGUGGGGAGGGAGAGGCCUUCAACUCUACCCCCCAGUCCGGAAACGGAGUCUUUGGCCCCGAAGGAAGGGUCGCAGGAGCCGUACUGAAGGCUCUGAGGAGAGAUAAUUCAGUGCCUUCUCCCCUGGGCCACCCCGUCUCGUGAAUCCGCAGAGGGAAGCAACACCGUAGUCGUCAGCUGGCGGCUAUGGGAAUGUUGGGAAACUCAGUAGCUGGACUUUUUCGGUGCUAGGACUUGAGUAAACUUUCUUCAGGAACGAAUUUCCCCGGUAUGUGGUUAAAGAUGAGCUAAGAAAUCUUGAAUCUUUAGAAAUCUCCUCAGGCUCCCGCCCUCAUAUUUGAGGAUUUCUCCUGUAGGCUUUAAACUGCAUCCACCAGUCCACACCCCUCCUCAGCAGUUGCCAUGCUUUCACCCUAGACAGGCGGACAUUUUUUUUAACCGCCUCCUCUUUGCUUUCUGCCUGCACUGAGAGCUACAUAUUCAAAUCUAUUUUAAAAUGGUCUGUUUUUAUUGAAUCAGUAUUUUCUCCUUUAUCGAAGUUAAAUGCAGCUAUUAUUGCUUUUCUUAGGCAAAAAACACUCAGAAACCUCUGACUGGGUAAACAAUUUAUAUAUAGAGUGCCUUUUUACAUUUUCAGUAUAUUAAAAAUAUCCACGUGUUGAAGAGAUGGGAGGGGUUGGAUUUCAUUUAUAUUGAAGUUGGACUGGUUUAUACCAUCGAGGGGUAAACCUUCAUUUAGAGCGAAUUGAACCUUUUUACCUAUAUAUUCAGACAAUUUGUAUUUCCAAUUGUUUACGCAAGGUUUUAUCAUCAGUUCAGCGCUGGUCAAGUCGGUUGCUAUCACAAUAUGAUGGAAAACCCUAAUUGUGAAAUGCAAUGAUUUAAAAUUCUCUUCUGUAAUCUCGUGAUUCAUGCUGAUGUUUUAGGUACUCAAUCACACGUCGAUGAAAGAUCAUAUGAAAUCUUUGGAAUGUUUUAUAUCAGUUAGUUCAUUUAAUCUGUUGAACAGUUGUUUUUAAAACAUGGUUUUAAUAAGGCGUUUUGUAAUUGCAAGGUCUUAUAAUGUGAAAUUCUGACGUGCUGUAAUUCACCUGAAAAUGUGGCCUUCCGGGCCAUUAUGCACACUGUGAAGUACUUUUGAAGAGGUAUUUUCGAUUUAGUGUUAAAACAUUGAAGGUUAUUUGGGGGAACUGAUGAGCUUGUGGCUCUCUGGACCCUGAAAACAGUCACCCCUGGCAGUUCUGUAGUGGCCAUCGAAUAAAGGUGCUCAGUGGCCGUUUG